CUGAAAAACCAUUGGACAUUAGUUCAAAUACCGACACAUAUUUGUCAGCACAGAUUUAAAACGAGCUCCUUCACCUGUGUGCUUCACAAAAAAAACAACAAGACAUAGCUAAUGAAUGCAAUGCACAGGAAUGUUUUUCUCUUAUCGCUGAUGAGGCCACUGAUUCUUCAAACAAGGAACAGAUUUCCCUUUCUGUCAGCCCAUAUCCCCACACCGAGAGACGUUUAUUUGAACAGUGAAUUUGCUGUGUUUCGUCAACAGAAGAAGGCGCGAGUCCAGAGGAACAAGUUGGGAGAACACGGAGAGCAUCGCCAUGGCUAACCUCGGCGUUCUAGCCCUUCUCCUGCUGGUGGCGACGACAUCCGCCUACCGCUUCUACCAGGACGAGAUCCCGAACGGAGAUCACGUGCCCCACCCUUGUAAAGCCAACUACUUAUGGUGGGGAGUCGGGCAUGACAACUCCCUCGGGGGCGGACCAAGGAACCCAUUUGGACGAGACUUCGCUCGAUAUCACAGCUGGACGACGGAGUUGUGCCGCCUGGACUCGGAUGGGGACGGGAUGACCAACGGGCAAGAGCUGGGUGACCCUGACUGUGUCUGGACGAAGGGAACUUUCCCUUUCACCUCACGUGUCAUAUCUCAUCCAGGUGUCUGUGACCCAUGGGGCAGCGAGCAGUGCAGAGAAUCAAACAAGGAUGUCUCGUGCGAAACAGGGGAGUUCAAAUGCGACGAGUUAAACAGUCCAGAUGUGAUGAACAUAACGCUGCGGUUCCCCCCGACCCGUGUCCCGGCUGAGGAAACAAGCUACAUGUGCUUCACCUUUAACCUUGAUACGUUGGAUAACAAUACCGACUACCAUCUGAUCGGCAGCAAGCCCUUCAUCGACAACGCCAACGUUAUGCACCACAUCACCUUGACGGGAUGUGACGCUACAGGCGUGCCUCUCUCCGAGCCAGCGUUAUGCAACAUGGCAUCCCCUGGAUGCCAGAGAACCCUUCAGGUGUGGACGCUAGGGAUGCCAGGGGAGUGUGUAUAUCCGGAUGCCGGAUUCAAGUUUGGCAAGAAGGCAGGGAUGUCCAUGAUCAACAUGCAGUUCCACUGGACGAACCCACAGAAAAGAACCGACUACGUGGACAGUUCAGGCCUUGUGUUGUUCCUGACAACGAAGCUGAGAAAGAACAACGCUGCCUAUUUUACCACUGGCCAGAUGCAGUUGGUCAUCCCGCCUGGUCAGCAGCGAGUGGUCAAGAAGUCUACAUGUACUGCAGAGUGCACCAGGAAACUAAUUAAGGCACCGGUGAAUCUAAUGACUGGGUGGAACCAUAUGCAUUAUUUGGGUUUCCAACAAAACGUGGAACAUUUCCGGAAUGGCGAGAAACUGCGAGACUUGACUCCAGACGAAGUGUACAGUUAUGACAACCCUAUUGUUCACACGUACAACCCUCCCGUGCAGCUUCUGGCGGGCGAUGUUCUAGAAACCACCUGCGUGUACAGGUCCACCUCCAGAAGCACAACUGCCAUGUUUGGAGAGGGGACGUUCGAUGAGAUGUGUUUUGGGAUUUUUACCUACUACCCCGAAGAGGCCCUCCAGAGCGGGUCCUGCUUUACGUGGAAUGAUCUGGACCUCUGUAACUUCGAUCAAACUGGAUCUCUCUAUGGCUGUAACUUGUUCAUGUUGUUUAAUGCAUCAAAUCCCAUCAGAAAGCAAUUAUUUGGCAAGGUUUUGGACAACUGUAAUGUCUAUGGAGGAUGUCGUGCGGAAUGUCCAGCUGCUGUAGCCGAGGUAAAGCAACACCCGUGCUUUACGGGACAAGUGGAGGGUUAUAUCAGAGACAUAAUGCGAAACUUUGUUGAUAAUGUUGAAAACACUAAAUUCUUUGCUGCGCUGGAUUCAUGCGAGUGCAGAGUUAGACCUAGCUAUGGACCGUACCCGACAUCUGGUGCCUCAAAACAAUCAACCCUUGCUUCCAUCGCAGUUAUCUUGGCAAUCAUGUCCAUCUUCCUGUAGAGUGGAUGCGCAGUAUGGGAUAUAUCCGCACACGAGGAAACGUGGUUAACUCGAAGUCUUGUGAUAUGUAAGUUUCGAAUAUAUCCAGAUAUCGACGCAAAUGAGUCCCGAAAACCGAAGCUAUUUUGUGUUAAAGUCAUAGUGACGUAUCGAAAUAAAUAUUUGUAUAGAAUGCCAUUAUUAUGGUUUCACGUGUACAUUUUCACAUUUAAUUAUUCUUGGAAACAAUAGAUGUGCGCUUUUAAUAAGACAUAAUCAAAACUUAAGUUCUAAAAAUUGAAGAAUCUUCCUACUGUUUUGUAUGUCUGAUAUUGUCUUGAAUAAAAACCUUUCAAAUUUUCAA